AUGGAUUCAUCACGAGAUUCCUCGACGUUGAUCAUCCUCGGACUCCCACCCAAGACUUUUGUCGGCUUGGACCUAGUGUCGUUCAAUUCCUCGCCCUACUUUCAGGGUAUCGCCACCAUUCCCUUUGGCAUCCAUUUUCUGUACACUGGUACUGACGCCUCAUUAUCGAUCCGCCAUGGGCGAUGGCUGAACCUGACUUCCGCCAGCCCGAUCCUAGUAUUACGAUGGAACAGCGACGGAGAGACCCUGCAGCUAGUGGAACAGAAUGAUCAGAUUGCACGAAAUGCGAUCGCCGCGGUCCCAAAGGGGCGGGGACUAGUCGACUAUGCCGCGCUGCAGAAUGCGACAUCGGAACUAUCUCUACGAGGAUCGAAGAGCGACAACGCCUCACUCGCCGCUGAUAAUGAUGAGGACGGCGCAGAAAGCACCGACUGGCCCGGCCUGACGGCGCACAUCUCCCCCUCGAUGCUCACGCGCAUCCUCUCUCCGGACUGGAUCGUCUCCUCCAUCUCCUCUGCUCCCAAUGACACCGAGACCAUCCCGGGCCUCUCCCACCUCGAGGCGUCGAAUGCGCUCCAUCAACUGCCCCUCGACCUGCUGCCGGUGAAUCUGAAGCAGACCUGGGCGGGCGGCGACAUCGGCCGGGCCAGAACCGACAGGGCACGAGACCGGAGCUGGUAUCUCAGCCAGUUGAUCGAGCAAGCCGCACGCCCACCGGGCAGAGAUAAGGCGGCGGGUGCGCGAGAGGUCCUCGGCGAGCUACAAUUCUGCUUCCUGAUGGUCCUCACGCUCGCGAACUACAGCUGUUUGGAGCAAUGGAAGCGGCUGCUUUCUGUCUUCCUGACCUGCCGCACCGCCCUGGACGAAGUGGAGGGCUAUUUCGUGGAGAUGGUCAAGGUGCUGCGUCUGCAGAUCCAGCACGUGGACGACGUCGAAGGCGGGCUUUUCGAGAUGAGGGACGAGUCUGGAAGUGCGUGGCUGAGGACGCUGUGGGCUCGGUUUAGGAGCGUGGUGGACGACGGGGAGGAGGGGCAGAGGGAGUCACUGAAGAGAGAAGUUGGUGCCUUGGAGAAGCUGUUCGAAGAAAAGUAUGGUUGGCAGAGCGAGAGGGACAUAUUGAGGAGAGGGAUGUUGGAGCUAGAAGACGGCGAGCGAGUCGAGGUCACCAUGCAUGGAGUUGACGAAGAUGAAGAGACCGGCGAGUAUGCCCCUGUAAUCGUCGAGACUUAA